GCCCCGCUCCAAUUGGUUAUGCUUUUUGUCUGUAUAUGCUACCGCGCUGUCGCUGAGCCCUUUGUCGUAGUCAAGUGGCGGACUGGAAAAAACACAAACAGAUCUGCUUUGUCUACAUGCGCGAUCGGUCGCUCAAUACUACCUCCAUGAACUUCGGCGAGAAGGGCUCCAAGAAAGGUGGUCGUACGAGAGCAGAUGUGCUGCAGGACCUGUCCAUUUGGGCCCAAGAGCAUAAUGGAGACACGCUCACGUUUGCCUGCUGGCAAGCCAUGGAUCUGACGAUAGACAUCCACAAGGCCGACACGCACUUCCUCGCCCUCACGCUCCGGAAGAACGACGUCUGGACGAACCGCAGGGCCAUGUACAAACUCGUGGAUGCGCAAGUCCUCCCGCUCACGCUGCUCUCGAAGAAAUUCGAGCACGCCGCCGACGCGCUCGACGAGCAGCCUGUCGACGUUGUCCAGCAGGUCUUGGGGACGGACAAGCGGAGACGCAUCGCGGAUGGAGCCCUCGGGUCCGUGCUCGUGAUGUCACAUGACUGUGAAGAAGCGGUCCUCAAGAAAGUUACGCCGACUUUCCAACCUUUGGGGCUUUUCAAGGAGCACUACGAAUAUCUACGCCGCCUUCCUCCCGUGGUCGGCAGCUUCUGGAAGCCUUGUCUGAGGAACGCAUUGGACGGCGGUGCUUACUCCAUCAAGUUCGAGCCCUGGCCUGCGACUUGAGUAUCUCUCAGAGAACGACGUCACCGGGAAGAUGGCUUCGGUCCCCGAUGUCAUAUGUAUCGUGUUGACAAGUGUUAUGGGCUUGUGUGAAAAGCUGUACGAUAGUUUGUCUCCUUCGAUGUAUACUUAGAGUUCCCUGGGUCACCACUUUGAUACCUGUCUUUCGAUUCCCAUUCCGUGUAUGAUAAUAGGGGUCACGAUGCCAAUGCUGUAACUUUGACACGCG